UUAGCCGGCUUCCCGCUCCUUCUCCCCACCCCCCAGGCUCCCUGCGCUCUCUGAGAUUCGACCCGCUCGCUUUGCCGCUCUGCGCAGCCACAAUGUCGGAGUAUAACGCGGUACCGCCGCCAGGCCCCGGGACACCUUCAUCAGCACAGCAGCCUCCUGGCGGUGCCGGGAUUCGGAAAGAUGCAUUUGCGGACGCAGUGUUGAGAGCCCGACAGAUAGCGGCCAAGAUUGGCGGAGAUGCUACUACAACUCCAGUUAACAACAGUGCGCCAGAAUUCACAUUUCAGCCUCAGAAGAGACAACUGGAGGAUGGAGAGCAACCAGAAAGCAAAAAGAUGGCCCCUCAGCCUGAUUCUGUUGGCCCUCAACUUGGUGCCAUCCAUCAGCAACGACCUACUACCACAGAAGAGUAUAGAGUUCCUGAUGGCAUGGUGGGACUGAUCAUUGGAAGAGGUGGUGAACAGAUUAAUAAAAUACAACAGGACUCCGGCUGCAAAGUACAGAUUGCACCAGACAGUGGAGGUUUACCAGACAGGAGUGUAUCAUUGACGGGUACUCCAGAUGCAAUUCACAAGGCAAAGAUGCUUUUGGAUGAGAUUGUCUCACGAGGUCGGGGUGGCCCACCUGGUCCCUUUCAUGAAUCGACCAAUGGACAGAAUGGCUCAGUGCAAGAGAUCAUGAUACCAGCUGGCAAAGCUGGUCUCGUUAUAGGCAAAGGUGGAGAAACCAUUAAACAGCUACAGGAACGUGCUGGUGUGAAAAUGAUUUUGAUCCAAGAUGGUGCCCAGACAACGAACAUGGAUAAGCCCUUACGCAUUAUUGGUGACCCCUAUAAAGUCCAGCAAGCUCGUGAGAUGGUGAUGGAGAUUCUGCGGGAAAGAGACCACAGCAGUUUUGGUGAAAGGAACGAGUAUGGCUCUCGAAUGGGGGGUGGUGGCGGCGGCGGUGGAGGAGGAGGAGGCGGAGGCGGCGGCGGUGGUGGCGGAGGUGGAGGCAUCGAUGUUCCUGUUCCCCGACACUCAGUUGGAGUUGUCAUUGGCAGAAAUGGAGAAAUGAUAAAGAAAAUUCAGAAUGAUGCUGGUGUCAGGAUACAGUUCAAGCCAGAUGAUGGCACGGGACCUGACAAGAUUGCCCACAUCAUGGGCCCCCCUGAUCGCUGUGACCAUGCAGCAAGCAUUAUUGGUGACCUACUUCAGAGUAUCAGGUCUGGCCCACCAGGUCCACCUGGUCCUGGAAUGCCUCCUGGAGGCAGAGGAAGAGGACGAGGACAGGGUAACUGGGGUCCCCCAGGAGGAGAAGUCACCUUUUCUAUUCCCAGUCACAAAUGUGGCCUUGUAAUUGGCAGAGGUGGAGAAAAUGUCAAAGCCAUUAACCAGCAGACUGGAGCCUUUGUUGAGAUCUCUCGGCAGCCACCGCCUAACGGAGACCCCAAUUUCAAACUAUUUAUUAUCCGUGGCUCCCCUCAGCAGAUUGACCAUGCUAAGCAGCUAAUUGAAGAGAAGAUUGAGGGUCCGCUUUGUCCAAUUGGACCAGGACCAGGACCUGGACCUGGUGGGCCUGGGCCUGCUGGACCAAUGGGCCCUUAUAACCCUGGUCCUUACAAUCAGGGGCCUCCAGGUGCACCACCACAUGGAGGACCACCACCCCCACAUCAGUAUCCACCUCAAGGAUGGGGCAACACCUACCCACAGUGGCAACCACCUGCACCUCAUGACCCAAGUAAAGCUGCGCCACCAGCUGAUCCAAAUGCAGCCUGGGCAGCAUAUUAUGCUCAGUAUUACCAGCAGCCUCCUGCCCCAGUUCCAGCACAGCCACCUGCAGCACCUGCACCAGCUCCUACCCCUGGAGAGCAACAGCAGCCCAGCCAGGCUGCUGCUGGACAGCCAGAUUACACUAAAGCCUGGGAGGAGUACUAUAAGAAAUUAGCUCAAGCAGCAAGCACAGCACCACCAGUGGCUGGAGGACAGACGGACUACAGUGCUGCCUGGGCAGAAUACUAUAGACAGCAAGCAGCAUAUUACGGGCAACCAGGAGCCCCCACACCAGGACAGCAGCCACCACCACAACAGGGACAACAGGCUCAAUGAGGAAGAUUAACGAAUGUGAACUGAACUGUAUCAACCUGUGAAAGGAAUGGGUGUAGCUUUCUUUUUUUUUUUUUUUUUUUUUAUCUUUAUCUAAAUGUGGGUAGAGGGAGAGAAGUUGUUUGGGGGACCUGCUGUGGAUUUGUUCCCAUCCUCCAUCCCGCCUAGCCCACCUGAUCUCCCUUUUGCUGAUUUAACGCAAGGAGGCUGUUGAACAUGUGAACAGAACUGCGGGCUCCAUGAACAUCCCCAUCGAUGGGAACGUGUGAAUGACUGACUGGCUGAUCCCUUUUUGAGAGGAGACAAAAUAAAACUUCUUGGUCCAUUUGUAUAAAUUUUCAGGAUAUUUCAAAAAAAAUGUCAUGUUCCUUUAGGGUAUCAUUUUAUUUUUUUAAUUGUAGAAAUCACUGUUUUUGCUUUUAGUUUUGAGUCCGAACAUUCCUUUUUCAGUUAAAGGUGUCUUUUGUGUCAAAAUACACUUUUUUAACUUUUUAUUUCGCCAAUCCAUGUCAAACUGGUGAAUUAGUUUUGUCCAAUUAGACAUGAGAAAAAAAAGAGGGAAAAAGUUGUAUGCUUGGUUUUUACUUUUUACUGCUCGUUUUUAAAUCUUCACAAUAAACAAUAUGAAAUGGAUAUUGGCUGUACCCAAAUUCUAUGCCCACAUCCCAUGUUAGACUGCUUGGUCAGGGGAACGCUCUUCCACCGUCAUCUUUUGAGGACUUUAGACUUAAAGUAUAGGAGGUAAAAUUCUUGCCAGGACUGACUUCUGUACUUGGGUUGGGGGGUUUUGCAGGUGGUAUUGGGCAAGUGCAAAUUACUUAGUGAGGAGAGGUGUGUAGUCAGUAACAUUUUUAUUCUUUAACUUUCCAAGCCCCCGUUAAGAAACAAAAUAUUUUUGAGCCCCCAGUAGAUAUUUGUAUUUUCUGGUAUCUCCAAGUAAUGAGAAACUUUCCAAAGACCAGGGAAGCGUUUAUUACAUUUUUUUUUUUAUUAACAUUCUCAGACCCACUUGUCCCAACAACUUCAAUAUUUUUACAGUGUAACGAUUACUUACAUAUGAUUGGGUACAAUGAUGUUUAGUUUGGGGGUAUGUUGCUGCUUUUAAUGUGCAGUUCUUACAAGUAUAGGUUGACUGUUCAUAUUUUGACUUCCAUAUUUGAAUUCUGUACUGCCAUGACUGACUUUAACUGUUGGAGAGUUUUAUGUUUAGAAGAAUUGAAGUUUAUUAUAUAAAUGACUGGACAAAAAUUCAUAUUCUAGUUUCUUUACGCACAAGUGUUGUUCUCCACUCCACCAUAUUUUCAUGGCCUUUGUUUACCUGCUUUGUGUCCUUUGGCAGGCUGGCAUUGGUGGUAUUCAUUUGUGAGUAUCCAGACAGAACCUUUAAUGGGGUUGUGAAAAAGUGACCUGCACGAACAGGCUGACCUUGAUCAUUGGGUGCAGUUUACAUUUGAGAGGUGUGUGUGGUUUUUUUUUUUUUCCUAUUCUUCUGUACUCCUCUUCACUUGUGCGUCAUUCUUCAGGUUGAAUAUGUAAAAGUCAUUUGGUUCGCAGAGUUUUUAAGGGAGAGGCAAAAUAAAUCCUGUGGUAUUAAAACAAAAAAUCAAUUAAAAAAAAAAAA